UCCUGAGACGAUAUCGUUGCUAGGUGAUGCGACUCACGCACACUCGCUUCCUGGUGCAGUUUCAUCUCCGUUAUAGAUAAUCUGUCCUUUAAGAUGAUUGUUUAUAUAUGAAUGCGCUGUGUUUUACUUCCACGGGGAAGGAACAUGUCAUCGACGCAAGAAACUCUCUUCUCGUUGGAACUGGUGAUCGAUUACGUCCGCUUCGACGGUUCGCGUGGCAGUGUUUUGGCUCCUGCAGUGGGUGUCCGCUUCUUAGAUUUCCCCACACUGCUCAUCUACCAAUCAGGACACGAGGAUGUUUCAUCUAAAUCAGGCUAUGCUGACCUGUGCGUAUCACCUGAGGCUUUAUCUCAACAAGAUAAUGGAGACAAUCUGAAGUAUUCCUUCCAUAAAGGCAAAUCCUGUCUUUUUAAGAUGAAUUUGGACUCGUUACACAACCAUCUACUGAACACUCCUCUUUACGCAAUGGUAUUGGAUGUAAAAGAUGAGAUUCCCAAACUUAUAGGAAGCUCCUUGAUAUCCCUGGCUAAAGUGACGGAGAGAAUUAAACUGGAUGUGGGUAAACAUGGUAUUGGCUCUCCAAGCGCUUAUGGAGAGAGACUGCUGACCUCAAUCUGCAAUCUGAUGGGGAAAAGCAUAGGUGCCAUUUCUCUGGCUUAUAAGAUUGUAAGUCUAGGAGCUCAUUUAAUCCCUCAUAUCCCAGAAAACAGAGUCUGUGAAGUCGGCGUGACCCGUGGAAAAGCAGAACAACACGAAUCAGUGCAUGCAAAAUGUGAGAUGCCAACAAAAGUGUCUGAGAAUCAUCCUGGUAAUGUUCUCUCACCACAAAUAAGCCUUGAUGGACAGUCAGCUGAUGUAGUGAUAUCAGAAGCAAAGCAGCCAGGGCUUCCGGCUGAACAGAGAGUCUCGUGGUGUGAAGGUGCACAGGAAUACACCGCAUUCUGCCCUCCACCUCUGUUUUACAGCUCCGGCCUGAAGAACCAACAGGAGAGGAAAAGCUUUACAGGGUUAAUUCCAGCAAUGGAGAGUCUUAAUAUAGAGGAUCCAGAAGAUGGAAAUAAUGAAGACAUGCAUGAUUUUCCAGAGAUAUCAGCUGUAAAGGCAGACAGAUCGAGCAAGCUAACUUCAACUCCAAGGUCACAGCAUGAAGAGACUGAUUCAGCUCCGCUUGGGAAUGUGAUCAGGCAGUUACCGCUGCUGAAUGCUUUACUAGUUGAACUAUCACAGCUGAACGGACAGACGCAGCAGCAGCCGUUAUCCAUCCAUCCUCACCUGGCGUGGUUGUACACAUCAGCACCUGGAGCAAAAACUGAGUAUCAGAAAACAAUCAAAGCUAGUCCUAAACAGAGACCCGGUCAAUGCAAGAUAAAAGGAGGUGUAAAAUCAGUAAAGAGUGCAAAGAAAAAUGAAGAAAAGUUGCAACCUAAGAGGACGCUUAAAUAUGGCUUGACAAAGUCUUUUUGUCUCAGACUCAAGCUGGUCAAACCAGGACUUGUCAAACGGCAUGAAUGCAUUGAAUACCAGAACAUAAAACAGGACCAGCCAACAAGACAGACGUCGUCUGACCAUAAACGUGUUCGUAAGUCAGUUUACAGAGGCGUCAACUUAGAUGAAACUGUUGAAACAUUAGUUAGCAGUUUUGAAAUGGACCCAGCACCAAUUAAAACUGCAUCAUCAAGAUCACAAACAAGUUUAAAUGAAAGUCUUGCGAAACAUGCUGCAGAGACGACGUUGGAUGAAAGAGACAAAAAAGUAGAGUUCAUAUUCCAAGUGCACUGAGUGACCGCAGUGAGCAGCAUUCAGAUCUGAACAAUCCUGGCGUCCAGAGUUUUAAAGAAAACAGCAGGGAAGAUAGUAGAGCAAGCAGCCGUCCUCGCAGGUCAAGCCUGAGUAAUGGCUCCUUCGAACAAGAAG